AUCACAAUAGUGCACAGUUUCAAAGAAACUCUGCACUAAAAAGCAUGUUUAGUGCUCUAUCUGUAAAAUUAUGCCAAAAUGAAGAGAUUUAAGAUGGUACGCCAAAGAGAAAAUGAUGCCCUUAGCUGAAAUGGCUUCAAAUUGUCCAACAGCCAUACUAAUACAAAAUACAUCGUUCGCGACCAUCACUGUAAUUGGCAAGAUUACGACGACAAAUUACGGGAAUGUAAGUUUUUGAUCUUAUUUCUUCUCUCGAGUUAUUUUAUUUUAAUUAACAUUGCAAGUCUAAAUGUUUCCCAACCUCGUUGCCAGGGUUUGUUGAAUUUCCCCCUAUAUUCACGUCUUGCAGUCACGCGGGACAAAAAGCUGGCACGACUAGCUUUGGAACAGGAGGCUCCUAUAACUGGCAAGGAAAAAUUGUCAUGGGGAACUUGCUCGUCUGUUACGGGACAAAAAGCCGUAUUUUUAUUGACGUAUAGAUCAUACGUAGGUAAACUGCACGUAACUGAAUUGAAACGUGCGUAAAAACAGUGGAAAAUUUGACCAUACAUGCAGUAACGCAUGUAUGUAACAUGUCUCAAAUAACAGACACAAUUUCUAUCCUCAUGCAGAUCCCUCCCCAUGUGGAAUAACAGAUAAAAUUUCGACCCUCCGCCUUUUUUCAUAGUCAAUACACGCACUUACUAAUAAAUUAUCGUCAUCGCUUAAAGUUAUUGAUUCAUUUGUCAGAAACCGUUUUAUUGUCUCGGUAGCUAUGAUAUUACAAAGUGAUUUUUAGUGACGAAAUGUCCAUCAACAAGAUCGAGAGCACAUUUAAUGUCGGGUACAUUUAAUCACUAAUCGACUCAUAAAUAUUUCGUAUAUGUAAAAAAUUGAAAAUGUUCUUCGACCUUCAGUUUCUAAGGCAAAUUUUCCUCAGGAUCAAAUUAAAAAAAUAUCAAAAUACCAAGAUUCCACAAUUUCCAGAUUAAAUAACUAUUUGCAAACUUGUAACAACUUGUCAACAUCCUUGGGCAGUAGUGGACACAUCACAAAAUAUUGGGGGAGGAUCGAAAUUUUCAAUAUGUAUGAAACGAAAUUUCUCUUUGUUUCAUGAGCUCUCAAGCAGAACUAAUUGUAAAAAGACAAAGAGAAAUUUCGUUUCGGUCGAAAAAUUCCGCCUCGUGGAAUCAGGCCUUAAGGCUCUAAGUUAUUCGAAUCUUUCAGAACAUGAGUCCCGGGUUGUGCCAUUUAACUGGCAUUAGAUACUUUUUCCAAGAUAUAAUCAAAUUAAUCAUGUCGAUUAGCGUUGUUAUUUAAUGUACAAUUAUAACUACCAAUUCUAAUUGUUUAAAAAGAUUAUCAGUAGAUCUGUAAAAUAGAUUGUUUGAAAUGCGUAUGUUGUUGUCGCAUCAUACCACAUACGGGAUUUGCACCAAUUAGUGAACAUCUGUGCACAUGCUCACACGUACUACUAUUUGCUGAGCAACGUGUGUUUGUAAAUCCUCACUUUCUAGCCAAUAGCUAGCCUGCUCGCCGCCUUAAAAUUUGACUAAUAGCGAUCUUGAAACGGACACGCGUCGCAACAACCUCGUUCCCAGGGUCUUUAGGAAAGACCCUGGUAUCGGCUGGUCACGUGCCUCGUCCAAAAUUGAUUGCCUGAGGGGGGUGUGGUGAAAGUAUCAAAUUACAAACAGUUUAAAACAUAAAUUUUGCGAACUAUUAUACCAGUAAGUUCAAAAUACUUGCUAAUUUUUGUUUAUUUUAUUUGCUUUGAAUUUACAAGAACAUUCUUACAUUUUUACCAACAGUCAAGUCAAGAAACCAAGCAAAUCGUUACUCGCAGUGCUCUCUCGUGUUAUUAUUAUUCAAUGCUCUCUUCACACUCGAGCGCGGUUUUAUAACAAACGUUUAUGGGCUUUUCAGUGGUCACCAUUUCUACAUAUCUAAUGUUUUUAAAACACGUAUUAGAUUUGUCCUUUUUUGUAAACGUUGCUAUGCUUUGCACGUCUUGUUUAUAAGAUUUUUAAAAGAAACAGUAUUGUAUUGUCUAGGACUAGAGAGUAGAGCCCAAUAACAGCAAAUGUAAACAUUUGAUACUAGCCAAACAGAGAAAUGUCUGUCAGUGAUUUAUCUUUAAAAUUUUGUAUUUAGUACAUAAUUCGUAUUCAUUAAUUAUAGUAAGGCUUUAGCCUUUUUCUUGGUCAGAUAAUAUUUUCCUAAUAUGCACACAACUAGGCUAUAAAUUAUCUACAUCACAAAUUUACAGUGUCAGUACAGUGUCAGACGCGCACAGACUGCCAUACGAAUACACAUAAAUUUUCGAGUUUUCUACUUCUACUAAGGCUACUAACAGUUUUCAUUGUGUCUCAAUCAUCUGUUUAUUUCUAGUUCAAUAAGUUCAUUUAUAUUUCUAUAUUUAUUUGAUAGUGGCAUAUAUAGUGAUACAUGUAGGCUAUUUACACACAAGCAAAUGAAUCCUGGAUAUGAUAGAGACGAUACAACUACAAGCUGUCCAUUAAAAAAUAACGGUAUUCUAUUUCACAAAGCAAAAAAUUUAAAUCUCACUUGAAUUAUUAAGAAUAUAUAUAAAGCAGAAAAUUAAAGCUUGUGUCAAAACGAAAGCUGUUUAUAAAAUUUAUAAAUGUGGUAUAAACACAAUAGUAAACAGUAAGACAAAUAUAUUGUCGUUUGACUUAUCUUUGAUGUAUGACUUUACUGUAAUACCGUAGAUUUUCAACAGACAGCUAGACUUUGACAUAUAUACCAUGAUCGUUGAGAUCUUGCAGGAAAUGUUAUAGUCUUUUGACGGGAUUUAAGUUUUGUGAUAAGGCCUUUAUAAUCAACAAUCUCGAUACAGUUGGCGUCUUGGCCGUUUGGCGAUAUUUCGGAAAUCAAAAGAUCUCGCUAUUUCGUUCCAAUUCCACAUCUCAUCAAUAAAUAUAUUCUUUUGGUUCGAGUAUCAGGAUGUACUUUAAUACUAACAGUUAAAUAAAUAUAAACCACAUUGGUCGGUCUAGAGAUACGAAUUUUCUUGUAGGCUUUAAAUUAAUAUUGCCACGCCGCCCAGGCGUGCUUUCUUUGGCAAGUCUAUAAGUUGAAAUCUGAUCCAACUUGCUUGAAUUGUAACUCGACACUAGAUUAUAGAGUAGAAAGUCACAUCACGAUAAAUAUUAAUUUUUUAUUGCAGUUCUCUUCACGAUUUCUUGUUGCAAAUUUAAAUUUCAUCACACAAAAUUGCAAAUAUUGUUACAAACGCGACAAACACGCUCCUCUCCCACCCUGCCCAUAGUAUCAUUUUAAUUUAUCACCCAGAAUCUGGGUGACACGUGACCAGCCGAAACCAGGGUCUUUCCUUCGCCUCGCGCCGUUCUAAGAAAGAACCUGGGAACGAGGUUGGCGUCGCAAUGCAUUUCAGAUCGAUUACAUAUUGACAGGACUACAGGUGGUCUUAAACACAGUUCAACAGAAGCUAGAGAGUCGUUCAUCUUUUGGGGAUUCGUAAGGCCCAGUGAAAAAAUGGCUAUGUCAAACGGUAUACGAGUGGGCUCGAUCACAAUUGGAUGUUCGCUGUUGGUACUCACAUUCCUCUCUAUGAUCUGUGGUAUUGUCGCGAUGAGCAAAAUGAGUACUCCAGUUGCUAGAGCUAGUAUCGGUUUAUGGGGACUUUAUGUAAGUAUAAGAUUUCACAGUGUUUUCUCUUUAACGUUUGCGUUUUUAUGUAACUAAUUGAUUUAUAGCGCCGGUGAAGAAGACUGCGUUUCCGUAGGAGAUGUCUCUAUCAUACCCGACAUAUUCAGGCUAGAGUUUUACGUCCUACCAUAUUUUACAGCCUUAGAAAAAAGUUGUAUAUGUAUGACGGUGCCUUCAUAAUGAAACUCUUUAAGGUUUGUGAAAGGAAAAGCGCUACCCAGCGCGGUUUCAAACACAACAUUUCUAUAAAAUUAAUAAUGUAUCUAUACAGCCUAGAAUUCAGUAUAUGUGCAUGCUAAUUCUUUAUACUAUUUUUUAAACAUGUAAUAAUUUGUCAUUGCUUUACAAGCCCAUCGAUAAAUAGAGUUUAAAAUGAAGUUGGAGUUGUUUAAAAUGAAGUUUGGAUAAAUAAAAUUUGUUUAAUUAAAAUGAAGUCGAGAAUGGGUGGGCAUGGUGGAGGAUAUCGGUUAGACGACACUAUUCUGAGUGCCGUAUUUGCUUGUCGUUAGCAGACAGACAGAUGCGAUGGACGUAAGCUGCCAAACAUUUGCUUUUUGUAUGAAAUUUAAAUUUACAUAAUAGACAAAGUAAUUCAUAUGCAGUGAGCCCCGAUGUUUAUUCCGCACUAGAGAUAAAAUUUCCAUCAAAUUUCAAGCGUUCACGAACUGCGCGUUUUUCGCUGCAUGCUUUGAAGGUAGUGAUUGUGUGGACAGACUUAGCAAGCAUGAUAUUCCAUGAACACAUUUAUGACCAUUUGAAAGUUCAGUCAUGCAACUAACUAUUCUGAGAAGCUUUUCCAAAAUUUCAGCCUUUAUAAAUGGUACGUACUGAUAAAAAUUAAAUGGGUGUAUAAAUGGCAAAUGUAGGAGUAAAAUGCAAAGGUAACAAGUAACUUAAUGGAAAUGAACUUUUAAUAUUCUCUAUUAUGGACUACGUUUACUCGUUAACUGGAAUGAAAUAACGGCCAAAAAUUUUACAAUAGGAAAUUAUGAUUACUUUCGUUCCAAUUAUAAAACUUAUUUCUGAAAGAUUGGAUAGUUUGAGAUCCUAAGGUCGCAAGGUAAACUAUUCCAAGUCACCACACCCCUGUAACAAAAUGAUUUUUUCUUCAAAUUAGUGUUUGGUUUAGGUGGAAAAUAAUUUUGCACCUGUCUCGUUUCGUAAUUAUGUAUGUCAUCGGUUCUUUGAAAUAAUUUUGAUAUGGAGUGAGCCAUAGAACUAUUGAAUUUCUGACUUUAAACAUUAGUGUAGCAAGUUGUUGGUUCCUACGAGUCUUCAGAUAAUUAAGGUUUAAAGGCGAGAUCUCGCUUACCGGGAAGAAAAUGUCUCCAUAUGCAUACUCACAAACCUAGCCGGCUGGCCGCUGGCACGGUUUUAACAACAAAAGUGAAACUGAAGUCAUAACACUUUUAAAAAUGUCAACACGCAUUUCGACAUUUAAUGUCAUUUAAAAAUGUCAACACGCAUUUCGACACCGGUUGUGAUAUUUGUGUUCAAUGUGACAAUGUAUAUAGCCCACAGUAAGACUUUAUUUAAAUGCGUUUAUUACAUCAACAAACGACGUUUCGCUGGAGGUUUACUCAAACAACAAACGACGCGAUUUUUCCAUUUUCACUGAUCGAUUAGUUUGAUUCUAGUUUAAAUUUUCCAAAUAUUUAGAAACGGUAUAACAUUUUGAGUUAUUUGGUCUACAUAUCUUUCAAAAUUUGCUCUCAUUGGCUGUUUUAUUAACUUUCAAAAACUAAAAUAUCGCGUCGCGUUGUCGAAUCGCGUCCGGUGUGUCUGGACCUUAAAGCUUGCGACCAUGCAUUAAGGUCCAUACAGACCGAACGCGAUUCGACAACGCGACGCGAAUUUUCAGUUUUUAAAAACAAAUAAAACCGUCAACGGAUAAAAAUUUUACAAGAUGCAUAUGCAGACCAAAUAGCUAAAAUUGCUUAAGUGGUUACGAAUAUUUGAAAAACAUAGAAAAAAAUAUUGAAGGUCGAGACACGCUGGGCGGGAUUCGAGAACGCGACGCAAUAUUUUAGUUUUUGCAAGUUAAUAAAAAAACAGCCAAAGAUAGCAAUUUUUGAAAGAUAUGUAGACCAAAUAACUCAAAAUGUCAUAGCGCUUCUAAAUAUUUGGAAAAUUCAAACUAGGAUCAAAGUUAUCGGUCAGUGAAAAUCGAAAAAUGGCGUUGCGUUACGAAUCGCGCCCAGCGUGUCUGGACCAUUAUUCGCGCGUGUGAAAUUCGACAACGCGAUGCGAAUUUUCAGUUUUUAAAAACAAAUAAAACCGGAUAUGAAAAUUUGCGUCGCGUUGCCAAAUCGCGUCCGGUCUGUACAUAGGCAGCCCAUUGUUAUGCUUGCCGGUGCACGGGCGAGGUAUAGCAUACAUAGUUGUAUUAUUUCCUAAGCCGGUAGGCAAAUGUAACAAACGGUUUUAAAACGUCGAAAAACCGUCAAAAUGGCAGCCAAUGAGAUUGGGAAAACGCCAUCAAAAACUUCGACCGCAGGUUCAGCAAGAAUUGAACAAAAUUGCAAAAACUUUUCGUAUUUUUCUCGCAUUACAAAUUUGUUUUGUACGUUAAUUAAAAUAUUGUUAGUAUCUAGUAAAUUAAAGUAUCGUAUAUUUUAUUUCCGUUAUUAUUUUAGCGUAGUUGUAAAGAUAUUUGAAGUAUUUUGGAUUGUUUGAAGGUAUAUGUAUCGGUAGUUUGAUUGCAUUUGCCUACCUUAGGAAAUAAUACAACUAUACAAUGCGUCGCCCGCGCACAGGCAGGCAACCAUAACAUUGGGCUGCCUAUGGUUUGUAUGGGCCUUUAACGUUUAUGCAUGCGCAUGUUAGUUUAAAUUCAAAUUGUAAUCUCAUCUACCUGAAGAUGGAGUAACUCUUCGAAACAUCGUUUGUUGAUGUGAUAAACACAUUUAACGAUUUAAAAAGUCUUACUGUGGUCUAUACAUUGAACACAAAAUAUAUUAUUAACAUGAGGCUUAGAGAAAGUUCCUCCUUAAACAUUUAUUUUAAUUCAGUGUUAUGUUUCAACUUCUAGUCUGUUCUAGCCGAUUGCAUGGCCAUUUUAACGUGAUUAUUUUGUUUAAUUUUAGUUUGCAAUUCCUGGAGUCUUUAGUGUCCUAGCUGGAUACAAAAAGCAGUCAACUUUGGUAAGGAAUGCUUUAAUUCCGUCUGGCCGUUUGAGCUUCAAUCUCGUACCCUGAGCCUGCAAUAUCAGGAUUCGAGAUUGUAUUGGCUUAUUAUCAACCUCGCACCCAGGACCUUCCAGCGGUCAAAAGUCUCUGGCUUAUUACUGGGACUCAAAUAUCGGUCUUCCAGUUAUGCUGCCAGCAGGGAUUAUAUUUUCUUCGUGAAAACCGUAAUUGUCGUUUUCCUUAUAAUAUAAAAGCGUUUCGGCCAUUUUUCUUUCAGAGAUAAACAGGAGGAGGUUUUGUUUAGGAUUUCGUUUAAAAAAAAUAAUGGAAACUUAUAAAACAAGCUCACAAAGGGGCGAGACUAUAAUAGGCCUCCCGUAUGGACACAAAUUCAUAUAAAGAAACUUAUUCAAUAGGCUAGUAGACCUAUAUAUAAGCACAAUAUAAGCAUAUAUCUGAUAUCACACUGCUGCUCAUGUUUUAAAUAGUGCAUAACGUUAUAAAAUUAGUCGUUAGUUUAACAGUGGUUAAACAUUUCUGUACUCAUAUAGUCAUAUAUAUUCUUUUUAUAUUGAUAUAGUUGGCUGUUGCACUUGGCACCCAUGUCUUAGGAAUUGUUCUCGCGAUUGUUGGAUUGUAUUUUGGAGCUUCGUUUUGGGCUAUACUGGCUUCAAAUUGUGCCGAUAGUUAUGAUUUGUAUGACGGCGAUUAUCGGCCAAGUUACCGGCGCAUCAGAACGGUCAAACGCGACGGCUACUGUUCUUGUUUUUACCAUGACGACAUGUAUGAGUAUACAUGUAAGUUGUUGAUUUUGUGUAUUCUCUCGACAAGUCUGAUUUUUCCCCUAUCGGUCUUGCAGUCACGUGAAAUAUUACAAGAGAUGUUAAAAUUCAAUUCUGUCGCUAUCUUAGAUCCGGCUAGUUGCUCCGACCUGAAAACUGUUCGCGAAGCUACUGGUGCAGUCACGAUAUUCUUUGCUCUUUUUGCUAUCGUCACUUUGGUGGGAUCAAUUUAUGGCUGCAUUGGAACUUGCUGUGCACGACGGG